AUGUCGUACCGUCCCAACCCCAACUCAAACGACAUCCCGCACGCCCGCCCCCUCCUGCACCCCUCCGUGGUACCCUCGCUGGAGAAAUGGCACCAGAUGGUGGAAACGUCCGACCUCUCCGCCCUUCCCAGCAUCGUGCACGCCGACGCCGUUUUCCGCUCCCCAAUGGCAAUCCACCCGUACGAGUCCCGCGCCGCCGUCGUGCUCGUGCUCUCCACGGUCGUCACAAUCUUCAAGGACUUUACAUACUACCGCACCCUCGUGUCUCCCGACGGACUCAGCGUCAUUCUCGAAUUCAGCGCCAAUGUGAACGACAAGAAACUCAAGGGCGUCGAUCUCAUCCGGUUUGGCGAGGAUGGACUCAUCCGCGAGUUUGAGGUCAUGGUCCGCCCGCUUUCGGGUCUGCAGGAGCUCGGAGGCGAGAUGGGCAAGAGGCUGAGGGAGAAGCUGCCCAAGUUCAAGGGCAAGCUCUAG